GCUUGUUUUAGGGACUGCAACUAGAAAGCCUGUGUUAGACUGUAGCUACUAACAAAUCCAAGCUAUACAAAAAUGCGUGAAAUUGUGCAUCUUCAGAUUGGUCAGUGCGGAAACCAAAUUGGAGCUAAGUUCUGGGAGGUGAUAAGUGACGAACAUGGUAUCGACAUCGCUGGAAACUACCGUGGGGCUGCACCAGUACAGCUUGAGCGAAUUAACGUGUACUUCAAUGAGGCUUACUCUCAUAAAUAUGUGCCCCGUUCUAUCUUGGUGGACCUAGAACCUGGAACUAUGGACAGUGUACGAUCUAGCAAGAUAGGCCCAUUAUUUCGACCUGACAAUUUUAUUCAUGGUAACUCAGGUGCUGGCAACAACUGGGCUAAGGGACAUUACACAGAAGGAGCUGAACUGAUUGAAAAUGUUAUGGAUGUGGUCAGGAAUGAGUGUGAGAGCUGUGAUUGUCUUCAGGGGUUUCAGCUUAUCCAUUCACUUGGUGGUGGUACAGGCUCAGGUAUGGGCACACUCCUCAUUAACAAAAUCAGAGAAGAAUAUCCUGACAGGAUUAUGAACACCUUCAGUGUUGUGCCUUCACCCAAAGUAUCUGACACAGUUGUAGAGCCAUAUAAUGCCAUCCUCUCCAUCCAUCAACUAAUAGAGAACACAGAUGAGACCUUUUGCAUUGACAAUGAAGCUCUAUAUGACAUAUGUUUUAGAACUUUAAAGCUCACUAAUCCCACCUACGGUGACCUCAACCACCUAGUGUCCCUAACGAUGAGUGGGGUCACAACCUCACUCCGUUUUCCUGGUCAGCUGAAUGCAGAUCUGAGGAAGCUGGCUGUUAACAUGGUGCCUUUUCCACGCCUGCAUUUUUUUAUGCCUGGCUUUGCUCCACUGACAGCUCGAGGUAGCCAACAGUACAGAGCCCUGUCAGUACCAGAGCUCACUCAACAAAUGUUUGAUGCACGCAACAUGAUGGCAGCCUGUGACCCUCGUCACGGACGCUACUUGACUGUGGCAUGCAUCUUCAGAGGCCGAAUGUCUACCAGAGAAGUGGACGAACAGCUGCUGGCUGUCCAGACAAAGAAUAGUUCUUACUUUGUGGAAUGGAUUCCUAAUAAUGUCAAAGUGGCAGUGUGUGACAUACCACCACGAGGACUGAAGAUGGCAGCUACCUUUAUUGGCAAUAACACAGCCAUUCAAGAGCUCUUCAUUAGGGUUUCUGAACAAUUCUCAGCUAUGUUUAGAAGAAAAGCAUUUCUUCACUGGUAUACUGGUGAAGGUAUGGAUGAAAUGGAGUUUUCUGAAGCAGAAGGUAACACCAAUGACCUUGUGUCCGAAUACCAGCAGUACCAGGAUGCCACAGCAGAUGUUGAGGAAUAUGAAGAGGUAGAAGUGGAAGUUAGCCCAGAACAGGAAACACUCUAGAAACAAUAGUAAUAUCAAAACAUUGUCCUAACAAGCCCAUUGAUGCUCUAAAAAGAGCAAUAGCCUCUAUCUGCAUACCUUUCUUAAGGUUUUUUUCCUCCAUAUCAGACAAAAAUGUAUCCAAUAUUACAGUAUAAUGCUUUUGAAAUCAACAGCAGCUAUGCUUGGCUUUCACAGACAACUGAAUCUCUCUUCAAAAGAACCACUGUGAAGAAAAAGUUGUUUGAUAAGUCUUUCUUAGUGAUGUAUUCACUUUUGGAACAUAUGGCCAGAUACGACGUCAUAUACAGCCUGUGUGCACAUAUCAGGAUCAUAAGCAGUAGUAAAACAGACUAUAGACUCUUGUCACACUUAUUUAUUCUCAGUAAACACUGUUCAGGUUUUUGUUUGUGAACCCAUUACUGUUUUUAGGAACACAUGCGUAUCUGUAAAGGCCUACAAAGGCAGCAUCUAUUUUAUUAUGCAUUCCACAGACCUAUCUCUAUCAACAGAUAGGUUCAGUUUCUUAAGCAGGGCUUUCUUCAGUAGAGACUGAAUAGGAACCUUAAUUUUACUUUUUAAGGAAGCACUUAAAUAAAUAGUGCUAUUACUGGUUUAUAAUUGCAGAGCUUUUUUAUUGUCAUGGUGUGGUUUGUUUUUUAUUUCAAACUAUAGACUGAGUUAAAAUAGCAUGCAAAAUUGUGAACACAGUAUAGAAGUUUUGGUGUGGUGUUUUUUUUUUGUUCCAUAUACUAACUAUUGUAACUUUUCCACUUCAGUAUAGCAAAAUGAAUAAAAUGGGUUGCAUGUAGUUAGAGAUGCAAGUUGAGUGGCAGUCACUGACUGAGAAAUACAUUUUGACUCCAGGAAAAAGUUUCUUGCCAACUACAGUAAUGUUUAUAGCCAUAUACUUAGCAUUGUAUUUAUAAUAGUCUUUAAAACACAAAUUCUAUAUAUUUUUUAAUAAAAUACUUCAAAAGUUGACACAUUCAAUAGGCAAAAAACCAGUUUGUUCUUGUAAGGACUAACUUUAAAAUUACAUGAAAAAAAAGAGCUUGGUUUCUUAUACUCUUCGAAAUAAAAAACCACAAAAUUAUUGAUUGUUUUCAUCUCUUUUACAGUUAGUAUGUUUGACAAGAGAGGUAAAAUAAGUUAUUUCUAAAGUGUAGAUCUAAAAGGUGAAUUUAAUAUUAAAUGGUCAACUCUACACCAUACAUAGGGAUGUUUACAAGAAUGGUAAGUGAAAAUCUUUUCAAAGGGAGCCAACUUCUACUGUGUUUUGGUAUUCAAAGUGCUGAGUCUAGCAGACCUUUUUUUAAUUGCUUACAUCAAAAUGUUUGAAUGUGUUUUCUUCCACUUAAUAGGAAUGUGAUGAGUAGACACUACCUUAUUGAUCAAGUGGAUAAAGAUACAAAAUAUAGGUUGAGCUAAAUGUAUUUAUAUAAUCACUCAGUUAUUAAGUAGCCCUUCCCAGAAUUCCUGAGACAGAACUUUAAAGAAUAGAACCCUUGCAAACAAACCAAAAUUUUUUUCUCCCAAAUGCAGACAAACUCCAUUAUAUCACUCAAAGACCUGGAUUUUCAAAGUUUUUCAGCAUCUAACCUUCAUUUGUUUCUUUGUAUCUAAAACAAGCAGGGCACCUGUGCACACACUUAAUGAGAAACAUAGCUUCUGACUUAAAAAGAGCCUAAUCCUUUCCUCAAACAUUAUCCUGUCUGAAUUAGAACUUCCAUUUUCAGCAAAAUUAUUACUAAAGUACCCAUUUAUGACAAGUUUUAAUAACCAAAAAUCACUGUAAUUGUUUAUAUGAUGUGCUCUUAAGAGUCUGUGAUUACUGCUCUCCUGUGAUGCAUCGGUUUUACUGUAGAUGGGCAUGAUAUAUAAAAUUGCAUUA